AUGGGCGUGGUCCCUAAAACCCUUCCUCCGUGGCUAGGGCUGUGUGCUAAUGCUACUGCUAAAGGCUUUGUCCUGUUGUGUACUCGGCUGUUGUGUAGAAGUGUAAACAACACAUUUAUCCACACAAAUCUUAAAUCACUCUCAACUAUGAGUAAAAGGAAAGCGCCACAGGAAACUCUGAACGAAGGAAUCACAGAUUUUCUCAUAGAGUUGGCCAAUUAUGAGAGAAAUGUCAACAGAGCCAUCCAUAAAUACAAUGCUUAUAGAAAAGCAGCAUCUGUGAUCGCCAAAUACCCUCAAAAGAUCAAAAGUGGAACCGAAGCAAAGAAACUGGAUGGAGUUGGUGCAAAGAUAGCUGAGAAAAUCGAUGAGUUUUUAACGACAGGAAAGCUGCGUAAACUGGAGAAGAUUCGCAAUGAUGACACAAGCUCCUCCAUCAACUUCUUAACCCGAGUGACUGGGAUCGGUCCUGCUGCGGCCAGGAAAUUUUACGAUGAAGGCGUCAGGAACUUAGAAGAUCUGAAGAAGAUCGAACACAAACUCAACCAUCAUCAGCAGAUCGGGUUAAAGUACUUUGAGGAGUUUGAGAAGAGAAUCCCUCGUUCAGAAAUGCAGAAAAUGGAGGCUCUGAUACUGAAGGAGCUGGAUGUGGUGGACCCCGAGUACAUCGGCACCAUCUGCGGCAGCUACAGACGAGGAGCAGAGUCGAGUGGUGAUAUUGAUAUACUCCUGACCCAUCCGGACUUCACCUCUCAGUCUGAGAAACAGCCCAAACUCCUUCAUGCCGUCGUGGAUCAUCUGGAGUCCGUCGGCUUCAUUACCGACACACUUUCUAAAGGAGACACUAAGUUUAUGGGUGUGUGUCAGCUGAAGAAAGAAGAGGAAGAUGAAGAAGAGUAUUUGCACCGCCGUAUUGACAUCAGGCUUAUCCCGAAGGAUCAGUAUUACUGUGGUGUGCUGUACUUCACCGGCAGUGACAUAUUCAACAAGAACAUGAGGACCCGAGCGCUGGAGAAAGGCUUCACUCUCAACGAAUACACCAUCCGUCCCGUGGGCGUCACUGGUGUUGCUGGAGAGCCUCUGCUGGUGGACAGUGAGAAAGACAUCUUUGACUACAUCCAGUGGAAAUACAAGGAACCGAAGGAGCGCAGCGAGUGAAACGAAGACAGACGACAUUCAUCCUGUGUGCUGCUCAUUUAGGUCAUGUUAGAAGAAGUAGAAGAGGCAUUUAAGGAGGCUUUUUAAAGUUAUGAAAGCAGCUACAUAGUAGUAGUUGAUGGUGCUUUUUAAUAAUAA